GAGAUAAUAAAAAAUAAUGGUUCCUUACUUGUAAUGAUGAGAAUAAGAUAUUCUGCCAUUAGAUAAAGCCAGAAAAAAGAGCCCUUUGAAGGGGUAACAAAAAGCAGAAAGAAUACUUCCACUUUGAUGCAAUGGGAGAAGAAAACUAAUAACACCAAAUUCAAUUUGGUUGUGGGGAAUCAAUAGGUAACUAAAUCCAUAAAGCUUAGUUUUAGCUUUGCAAUUUAUUUUUCCUCGAGAAAAAGCAAUGGGAACGUGAGACUCGAAGAUCCUGGACAAAAUACAAAGGGAGAAAGCUAAUUGUAACAAGAAAAGUAAAGGUAUAUUUGAUGUCACAGAAAACGCAACUUCCAUGAAAGAUUGAGGAAGUAAUUAGUGCAUAUAUAUUCAUGGCAAAUUGCACCCUUUCAUGCAUCAAUUAGUCACAGCUUCUCAAAAGAGUGUUUAGAAACUGCAAAAAAGACGCGAUUUUUGGCGAAAGAAAGUGAUUCUCCUAAUAAUUCUGACGAUGGCAACAGCUGCAGCAACCAAAAAGUACGAAUUUAUUGAGCCACGAACCGAAACUGUGUCGGAGAAAGACGCUGACACGAUUCUUAUUCAUCUACCAGAAUUUAGGAAAGAAAAGCUGAGAGUCCAGCUGACUUCAUUAAAUGCCUUGAGGAUCAGUGGAGAAAGAGAAACUGAAGAUAAGAUCAUUCGGUUUCAGAAGGAGUUCCCUCUUUCAUCUAAUAUCGACGCAAACAAGAUUUCUGCAAAAUUUGAAAAGGGCAUACUCUAUAUAAGGCAACCAAAACUGAUCACCCCGGAAGAGAAGCCAACUGAAAACAAAUCCACCACACCUGAUCAGAAGAAGCCUGCAAAUGAGCCACAAAAACCACCUCCUCAGACUAAUGCUCCAGAACCCAAAACAGAGGACGGUUCAAAUAAGCAGUCUCCUUCUGAUAAAGAUGAUCAAAACCAGGAGAAAGGGAAGAAUACUGAAAAAAUCGACCCCGGAAGUGAUAUAACAAAACCUCAGAACUAUCAAGGGAACGGAGUUGAUCUAGCAGCAAAGCUGAAGAAUUCAAGGAGAGCUUUUUAUGUGGUUCUGGUUGGUAUUGCAGCUGUUGGUAUUGGCUUGUAUGUUACUAAUUUCAUUAGGUCUUUCAGGUCAUCUGAAAUCUCAGGCUAAAUGCUUUUUCAGGCCAUAUUGAUUGUGUGUACUUUGUAUUGUCCUUCCCUCUCAUGCAUUUGUUUAAUUAUUCUCUCACAAGAAAAUAAGAGCACUUCGAAUUGUUGUUUGGUUUCUAAUCCCAUUUUAUUGCUAUUGUGAGCAUAUAUACUAUUGCUGUUUUGAUUGGAAAAGAGAAAAAAACCCCUUCGGUAGAUUUUUACAGUUUUACUUCUCUGACCG